UCAUCCUUUCAUACUCAGACUCGAUACGAGUUGCGAGUACCCGACGUGAACCUGUUCGCAUUUGGCGAGAUUCGGCAGAAUUUCAAUAGAUCGAGUUCGACUUGUACGGUUUUCUCACUCCUCGUUUCUCGAAAAUCCGACUUUGUCCCCAACCUUGGGUGUGCUCCAUACAGUAUGACGGCUGCCAACUUCUCGGUCUGGUUUUCAUACAUUCUCGAUUGGGGUGUGGUUGUCGUGGUAGCUGCUACCGGCGGCGUCUUGAACUAUAUCGAUGGCUUUCACAGACCGUUCUCAAUCACCGACACCGCCAUCGCGUAUCCAAACAGGCCAGACAUCGUGUCAUUACCGGUCUUAAUCAUUGUCGCCCUUGUUCUUCCCGCUACUAUCAUCGCGCUUUUGAACCUCCUCACUCUUCCAGUCUUCCAACCUGCUUCUCGACCGCACCGCUUUCGCAAAACCCUCUGGGAAAUUCACGUGGGAUGGCUUGGUCUCUGUGCAGGCCUAGCCAUCACACUGUUUGUAACGUCAGGCUUGAAGGAUAUGGUGGGAAAGCCUCGCCCACACCUUCUUGCAGUGUGCCAGCCAGAUACGUCUCGGAUCUCUGAGUUCAUUGUCGGCGGCUUCGGAGUCUCCCUAGACUCUGAAGCCCAGGCCCUCGUGACUUCGGGCAUCUGCCAACAAUCUGACAAGCGACGACUCGAUGAUGGCUUCGCCGCCUUUCCGUCCGGCCAUUCUUCUUUCUCAACAGCCGGAAUGGUCUACCUCAGCUUGUGGCUGUGUGCGCGGUUUUCCCUGACGAUCCCCUACCUCGACCUAUCCAUCGAUCCACUUAGGCAAGGAAGUGGGAAGAGACAGAUGAUCGCGUCUGCACGGAGCAGACAAGCGGCCCCCCCGCUAUGGCAGUUUGCGCUCGCAUUUGCGCCCAUUGUGGCGGCUCUGUUCAUCUGCUCCAGCAGAUAUGCCGACUUUCACCACGCCGGCUUUGACAUUAUUUUUGGCGCUGUUAUUGGAUCGGUCUUUGGAUGGGCUAGUUUUAGGUUCUACCACCUACCUGUACGCAGAGGGCACGGCUUGCUCACUUGGGGUCCGAGAGCAAGGCGCCAUGCUUUGAUUCGGUUCAAGGAAGAGGACGAACCUGCCGAGGAAGGAAGAGGAGCUUUUGACUACGAACUAGGUUCCUAUAGCUCCGGCACUGCAGGAAGACAACAAACGAGCUCGUCUAGUCAUCCCAUUCUACCAUAGCAGAGGGGACUAAUAGACGGCCGGGUGGGCCUCUAGAAGUGGCCAAACGUCGUUCAUUCCUCCUGCAUAGCAAGUGAAAGGGUGAAAAGGCGGUGAUGCAAGGGCGAGCUUUGGUUCAUGUUCGCAGGAAUCCUUCGCCCGGGGGUUCUCCACGCCAAGGUUUAUCGGCAUUUUGAUGUUGAGUACUCCGUAUACCUCUCGCCGAUGUUCCUAUCAUGGGCUGGCCUCUAACAGCCAUACAUGUACCAGGGGCAAGGGACAAGCUGUAGCCUUUUGAUCGUGCCACAAGCAAACGUGUAAGAAAUAUGCUGAUGACGGGCCAACAAGGUUAAUGAGGUCCUCAUGGACGGCACGGUUUGGGUAUGGCAACACAGACGAUCAAGACUAUCUUAAAAGGCCUGCCACCGAAACAAUGAAAGCAUAGGACCUCCGUUGCGUCGGGGCAAACACCCACGUACUGUGCGCCCGACCGAGUCGAACCGUUUGAUGAGGUGGCUCAAGACUCUCUACUUGUACCUUACAAAAGUCAACUGCGAUGGCCCAGGUGUUUUCGAGGUGCACACCGAGGAUGGUGCGACAAAGGGGCAAGGCGAAUUCACUUUGGUGGAAAGAGGUGUGAUCGUUAGCCCCAGUGUUACAAUGCGGCAAAUCAGAC